UAGUGUGCUAGUUUCUAAUUUCAGUUUCUAUAAAAAGGAAUACAAUGAGUAAAAAAGAAGGAAUACAAAAUUAAAUUGAUUUAUUAAAAAAAGAAAAAAUACAAAUUGAAUUAAUUGCGUGAAAAUUAGGUAUAAUAAAGUGUCUCGCUUGAAAGAAAAACAAAGGAAAAGGCAAAUAACGUAGCUGGAGUUUGAUGUUAGAUCGCUCGCUGCUGUGCGAAACUGUUUGAUUUGAAGUAACAUCAUCCCAACCCAACUAGUUUCUUAAGAGAGAGAAAGAAAGAGAGAUUUUGUAGAGAGAGAACGAAAUAGGCAUGAUGCAACCCCGAAGAUCUCCGCGAAACCCAUUUCUCUUAGCCUUGAUCUCUUUGCAUCUGCAAUUCCUUUCUGGCCUAGCCGAAAACAACCCAUCAGAUCCCAAAAGUGAAAACAAAGAUGCAAACGAUCACGCUUCAAGAGGUUCUUCUACGGGUCUGAAGAUUCUUAUUGUAUUCCUUGGACUGGUAUCAGUCAUAGCAUUCUGUGUUUUUCUUUUCAAAUUAUGGCAAAGGAAGAAGAGAGAAGAACAACAUGCUCGUCUUUUGAAGCUGUUUGAAGACGAUGAUGAACUUGAGGUGGAACUCGGUAUGCGAGAUUGACACACUAGAAAAUUUGCACAUCACUUUCUUUUUUUCCAUUCAAACUCCAGCACAGGUUAUUUUGAAAUGUCCAAAUUCGUCAUCAGCUUGUCACCGGUUCAUUCCUCUCAUGAAUUUAGCAGGAGAGAUUUAGGCUCAGUUUCCAUCUUGUUACUUAUUGAGAACAGUUCGAAGCAUUUUUAUUACAUUUUAAUCAUUGUAUAAUCAUUUGUAAAUCAUAUAUGUUGAUUCUACUUAAUAAGGGGAUAUCAAUCAAAAGUUUGUCUAGUGUGGAUCCUAGUUCACAACUCUAUUUCCACCAUAACACAGUGAGCUCCAAAUUUUAUUCAUUUUAUGUGGUUCUGUACAAAUAUGAUCACAUUUGAUUUCCUUAUGAAGUACUGAUUAAAAUAGUAAGAAGUUUAUGUCACUUGCUA